AUGAGGCCAAGCGCACUCGAGGCUGCCACAACUCCACAUUCCAGUGCCGACACAGCGCAACUUGACGGGGCUCCUUCGAAAACAGAGACUUCAGAGGGACCAGGAGAACCUACGAAUACACCCAAGCAGGCGUCAACUCCCUUUGGACAGAGAACUGACGGUAUACACUCCGCAGCGGAAGUCGUUGAAGAGGUAGUCCAUGGCGUGAAGACGGUCUUUGAUGGAGCGAUUGCAUGGGCCGAGAAGAAGGCGGAUCAACUGAGCUCGGGAUCAGACAGUACAGGACCAUACACAUCUCCAGCCACGUGCGCACCAUCUGAUCUUGAUCCCAUCGCGAGUGGAGUCUUGCCGGCUAUGCUUGUACAGGAGAAAGUUGACCAAGAAAGACCUACACAGAAGCACACCGGUAAUGAUGAGAGAAAUCGAGACGAGAAGGAGUGUGGCGACGAUAGUGAAAAGGAGAACCGCGAGAGGAAGCGCUGA